AAAAUAUUUGGAAUGGCUGUCAAGCACAAUUUUUGAUGACAAUAAUUUUGUACUUUAUUCAUACGUCAUAUUAUUCCAAGUUACAGUUACAACGUCAGAAUGAAUUUGCAACCAGAAGAUGCACGCUAUCUGAAAAGGAAGGUGAAAGGAGGCAGUAUAGAUGUUCACCCGACGGAGAAAGCUCUUGUGGUCAACUAUGAGCUGGAAGCCACCAUUCUGGGAGAGAUGGGCGAUCCAAUGCUUGGAGAGAGGAAAGAGUGCCAGAAAAUUAUUCGUGUAAAAAGCCUGAACCCAAAUAGUGACCUGGGCUCCUUGGCAAAGGAGAUCAUUGACAAGUGUAAACUGAUUCACCCAAGCAAAUUGCCAGAGGUGGAGCAACUGCUGUAUUACCUACAGAACAGGAAGGAGUCCGCUCCAAGUAAAGCUUCGGGUAAGACAGAGCUCCAUGAGACGCCAGUCGUGCCGACAUAUGACGCUACUGAGAUAGAUGAGGUGGCGAACAUUAAUGACUUGGACGAAUACCUGGAGCUAUUGUACGAAGAUGUAGCGGAAAAGAUCCGUGGAUCGGCCCUGUUGCUUCAGCUGUCCCGGAAUCCUGAUAACCUGGAAGAGCUCUUCUCUAAUGAGACGGUGGUCAGUGCGAUGGCUCGAGUGUUGCGAGAUGACUGGAAGAAAAGCACUGAGCUGGCAACCAACAUCAUCUACAUAUUCUUCUGCUUUUCCAGCUUCACUCAAUUUCAUGGUGUAAUCCUCCAUUUCAAGAUAGGGGCAUUAUGCAUGACAAUUGUGGAGCACGAGAUCAAGAAAUACGACCUGUGGAAGGAGGAGCUUGACAAGAAGAAAAAAGCUGCUGAAGCAGACAAGUCCAACAAGAAACUGAAGGAAGAAUAUGAGAAGAGUUUACGCAAGUUUGAAGGCCUUGUCAAGAAGCAAGAGCAGCUGCUAAGAGUUGCGUUCUACCUGUUAUUGAACCUUGCGGAGGACCUGAAAGUUGAGAUGAAGAUGAAGAACAAGAAUGCUAUCAAGAUGUUGGUGAAAUCAUUGGAGCGCGACAACUUUGAACUCCUCAUACUGGUCGUCUCUUUCCUUAAGAAACUCUCAAUAUUUGUGGAAAACAAGACUGAGAUGGCAGAGCUGAACAUCAUUGAGAAGUUGACCAAGUUGAUACCCUGUGAUCAUGAAGAUCUACUGAAUAUCACCCUGCGUCUGCUUCUAAAUCUUUCUUUUGACACGGACAUGCGAUCAAAGAUGAUCAAGUUUGGGCUACUUCCGAAACUCGUCUCCCUACUCAAUAAUGAGAACCACAAGUUGAUUGUGUUAUGUAUCCUCUACCAUGUGUCAAUGGACGAGAAAUCCAAGUCUAUGUUUACAUACACCGACUGUAUUCCAAUGGUGAUGAAGAUGCUGUUUGAGUCCCCGGAAAACCCGGACAUUGAGCUGCUAGCCCUGUGUAUCAACCUGGCAGCCAAUAAACGCACAGCACAGAUCAUAUGUGAAGGCCAGGGCCUGAAAAUGUUGAUGAAGCGGGCGUUUAAGUUCCGGGAUCCACUGUUGAUGAAGAUGAUCAGAAAUAUCUCCGAGCAUGAUGGGCCAACCAAGAAUCUCUUUAUAGACUACAUCAGCGACCUUGCAGAAGCUGUGUUAAAUACAGAGGAGGAAGACUUCUCACUGGAGUGUCUUGGUGUCUUUGGCAAUCUAACCAUUCCCGACCUUGAUUACGAACUCAUCCUGAAGGAAUAUGAGCUGAUACCCUGGAUCAAACACAAGUUACAGAGAGGUGGUGCUGAGGAUGACUGGAUGUUACAGGUGAUCAUCCUCGUUGGUACGGUUUGCAACGACGACAUCAGUGCUAGGAUGCUUGCAGAGACCAACAUUAUACAGAGCCUUAUAGAACUGCUAAAUGAGAAACAGGAGGAUGACGAGAUGGUUUGUCAGAUCGUGUAUGUGUUCUACCAGAUGAUCUUCCACGAGUCCACACGCGAGGUCAUUAUCAAGGACACUCAGGCUCCAGCAUACCUGAUCGACCUGAUGCAUGACAAAAAUGCAGAGAUCAGGAAAGUCUGUGAUAACACCCUCGAUAUCAUCUCCGAGUUUGACGAGGAAUGGGCCAAGAAGAUCCAGCUUGAGAAAUUCCGCUGGCACAACUCACAGUGGCUGGAGAUGGUGGAGUCGAGAGGGGCGGACGAGAUGGCUGAUCCGUACAUGUACCCUGAAGAGGGGUAUGCGGACUACCUACAGGAUGCUGACAUACUGGACAGGCCGGAUCUCUUCUAUCCAGAUGGUUAUGAUCCGUCGUUGAUAAUGGAUGGACAUUUGACACCUGAGUACAUAGAUGAAAAUGGGGUGUAUGGAUAUGGAAACGAGUAUGAACCCUACGCAAGACCGGACUCCAACAUGGGCUUUGUGAACGGAGGUCCUGCCAUGGACCAGUACGGCCAGCCCAUAGACGAAUAUGGCCAGCCUGUCGACGAAUACGGGAGACCCAUUAUGCUGGAUGAAUAUGAUCACUACCCCCAGAACUACAACUUUGGCCCGCCGGAAAUGGCUGGAGAGGAAGAUUAUGAAUAUGGCUACUCACAGGAUAUGAGAUAGCGGCCGAGAUGUACAAAAAAAAUGUGACUUUAUUUCUGAGACUUGACAAUUGAGACUUAAUUAAGGAAUUUCUGAGACUUGAUAAUUGAGGCUUAAUUAAGGAUUUCUGAGACUUGAUAAUUGAGACUUAAUUAAGGAAAAACAUCAUAGUGACUGUGAUUGGCUGUAAUUUAAUAGCGGAUUUGAUGGAAAAAUUGAAGACGAGACAUAGGGUACUUUAAUGUAGAACUCUGAUACAUGUAAUUACAUGUUAGUUGAUUUUCAUCAUGGCAAAAUAUAUGCUGUUGGAACAAUUGACAUACCGUAUCUUGAGUGUUGAUAUAAAAUUUUUGGUAUUAUAAAAAUAAUUUGCACUUCCAGUUAUGUUAGUGAUACACACUAGAUAAUCCAUACCAUUGGUAUUGUAUGUUUUCAAAACCAUCUGAAACUGUACAUACUGAUAGUUACUUUUAUCAUAAUUUGGUGAUAUGACCCGCAUUGUGAUAGGGUACUUUCAAAGGCCCUAAAAAUUGCACGAUGGUGUUCUUAUUGGAUAUGAGUUUUUCAUUUUUUCAAACUUUGUUGAUAAAUACCAAUUAUCACUAUUUUUUUAUUGAGGAUACUUAUGAAUAAAUGUGUUUUUAAAAAUUGAUAUGUAUAUACGUUUGGAUUAAAAACGUAAAACAAAAGUUAAUUGGUUGAUAAACAUUGUACGUCAUACUUAUCUUGUGUAAAUCAUCAAUAUUGUCAGAUUGUAUGAUUUGUUUAAGUUGAUGUGAUUUUCGUUAAAGUCGAUAUACUUGCUUUUUAUGUCCCGAGUUGUAGAAUUUCAAUCUGUGAUAUAUUUUGUUCUUAUACUUUACAGUAUUCCUUAUUUAUUUAUUUACUCACAAUGUGCUACAUAUUGGUCAUCUGAUUGUUGUUUCUAUGGGUCUUGAUUAUUGUUUACAUCUUGUACAACAUUGUGAACUUUCACUGUAAGGUUAGUGAUUUUUCUUCAAUAUUGAAGACUUAGAUCAAACGGAGGUCUUUUAUCUUCAAUGGAGGUUAAAGCUUACUUCAAUUUUAUCUACCAGCAUGGGAUACAGUCUAACCCCGUUUGCUCAAACUCCCUUUGCUCGGAUUCCGCGGUGGCUCGAACUGGAUGUGAAGGAUCGAUUUCUGAUGGCAUUCCCGAAUUUUCCGAGGCUCGAGUUAUUUUUGCCGGUCCCUGGGAGUUCGAGCCAACGGGGUUCGAUUGUAAAUGCUGGUCUCCAAUUUUGACUUGACAUUAUUUAUUGUAUACAUUGCUUCUUAAAUAAGCAGUUUUUUGUUCACAGCUUAUUCCGUCCAGAAUACAUACAUCAUCUCAAUGUGCAGUCUCUGUACUAUUUGCAUUCAGUACAAAUCUCAUUUUUGUGUACCAUAUUAUUAAUGAAAUUUAAAUAAUAAAUUCAAAUCAACUA